UCUCAGGUGAUGUCUAAGUAAAGUACCUGCUGUGGAGGCAAAAACAUGAGCAGAGAGGCACACACAAUGUACCUUACAUUUUGGGUUAUUGCUGUACUGUCCAUUGGGAUUUUACUCCACGGGACUAUGGCUUUCAACACUGCAGAGAAAGGAUUCCAAAUGUGUAUGACGUUGAAAGAAAACACAAAAGACUUACGCCACCACAAUCUCACUGCAAUUCCACCAAACCUUCCAGCACAAACUGAAUAUUUGGACAUUUCUUAUAACAACAUUGCAAGAAUUGAAGAUGGACAACUAAUUCAUCUUACCCACCUUUGUUUCUUGAAAGCAACCAACUGUAAUCUUAGGUUUAUUUCUCCUGAGGCCUUUGCCAACAACAAGGAAAUCAAGGUGCUGAAUGUAUCCAAUAAUCUUUUGAAAAUCAUCCCUAAAAUGAACCUCAACACCUUAAGGGUCAUUGACCUUUCCGGCAACGAAUACUACAGCUAUGCUCUUCCAGAUAGUUUUUCCAAUUUUACACAUCUUCAGAUCCUUGCUCUUGGAAGUAAAAAUACUAUUUCACUGAAACUGAAAGACUUCACUCCUUUGAAAGACAUACAUUUAGAGCAGCUUAUUCUAGGUGAGGGCAUCCAGGUGCAAGAAUAUGAACCUGGAUCUUUAGCUCAGUUGAGGUAUCUGAAAAGAAUUACUCUAAAUGUGUCUUUUUGCCAGAGUUUUGUCAUUUUUGACCAAAUUCUUGUGGAUCUUAACCAAACACAAACACAGGAGCUGAGUUUAGUAAAGUUUGUUCCUGAUGAUUGUCACGUGUUGGUUGAUCCUUUCACAGCUUUAAAGAACUUUGAUGGUCUAAGGAAAAUAACUAUAACACAAACCUGGAUAAAUAGCACAGUCAUGGUCAAAUUACUACAAAAUGUUUGGCAUUCUCCAAUUGAAGAUUUAACUUUUAUCAAUAUUGUUUACAAUGAAGACACUCCUGAUGGAAUGCAAUUUCCAAACCAGAAUACCACAACAAAAGUCAAAUCAAUUACAUUUGAUGGCAUCAAGCAUUAUCAAUACCAAUACCCCAAAUUUAACAUUAGUAUGGAACAUUUCACACACUUGUCGUAUCUGAAGUUCUCAGGUACAGGAAUGAACAUUCUCCCCUGUAAUUUGAUCUCUGCCAUACCGUCAUUACAGACAUUGGAUCUGUCGGACAACCUACUGAAAGAGGCUGGUUUUUGGUGGCCCCUCUGCAAACCAACAGAGAUUUUCCCAUCCCUCAGACACCUCUCUUUGAGUAAUAACCGCUUCAUCGAUCUGGCUCACAUCUCUAAGCAAUCCAGUCAGAUCAAACUCCUGGAAUCUCUGGACUUGAGCUUCAACUCCAUCCGCCUGACCGGCCCAUGCUCCUGGUCCCCUCACCUAACAGAGCUGAGUCUCAGCCACAACAACCUCGGCAAUGGUGUCUUCAAAUACCUCUCAACUAACUUCAAAAGACUUGAUCUCUCAAAAACUGGAAUUACCACCAUAAGCCAAGAGGUACUGUCACAAUUUCCCAGUCUGACACAUCUUAUUUUGAGUUCCAACAGCAUUCAAGUCAUCCCAUUGAACCUCAGAGCACCAGUGCUGCAGGCCCUGUUCAUUGACCAGAAUGCAAUUGCAUACAUUAGCGAGGGUGUGUUGGACGGCUUGCCCAAACUGGAGACACUAGUUGCAGGGAAAAACCCAUUCAGCUGUACCUGUGAUUCUUACUGGUUUGUGACAGCCAUGAACAAGUCCCUCUUGUCAGACUGGCCCAUGGACUACAGUUGCAGUACACCUCCAUCCUAUGCUGAUACAUCGCUGGUAAAUUUUAAGCCUGGAAAUCUGUCCUGCAAACCAUGGCUUCAGGCAGCUGUGUCUUUUUCGGUUUUAACCGUCAUCAUUGUCGUUUUUGCCAUUGUAUUUCAUGUCUGUGAUGGUGUUUGGUACACCAAGAUGCUGUGGGUUUGGAUCAGAGUCAAACGGAGAGCUCGUAAAGGGGAAGACAGGCUGUUGAAGUGUUCUUUCAACUAUCAUGCUUUCAUCUCCUACAGCCAACAUGACUCAACCUGGGUGGAUACCCAGCUGGUGCCAACACUGGAGGGGACAGGUCUGUCACUUUGCAUUCAUGAACGUGACUUCGUACCGGGGCAGUGGAUUGUGGACAACAUCAUCAACUGCGUGGAGGCCAGCUAUAAGACCAUAUUCGUGCUCUCUCAGAACUUUGUUCAGAGUGAGUGGUGCAACUAUGAGCUCUUCUUUGCCCAGCACAGGGCCAUCAGUGUGGACCAAGACUCUGUGGUGUUUAUUCUGCUAGAGCCUAUCCCACCUGACUCUCUGCCCAGCACGUUCUUGAAGCUGAGGACCCUUCUCAGGCAGCAGACAUACCUGGAGUGGCCUAAGGACGAAUGCAAAAAACAUAUAUUCUGGAGUAGUCUCAGAUCCAUGUUACAAAUUGGGGACAAGGGAAUUGCAUUGAGGAAUGUAGCAACAAAUAUUAUGGAUACAUGCUCCUUGUUAGCGAACCAAGGUUAAAGUCUAUGUACAAUACAAUGUAAUAUGCACAAAAGCAAAAUGUACAUAUAAAUGUAACUGCUUUGACAUGACUUGCUUACAUAUAAACACAUUAUGUAUAUAUAUUUUGAUGUUCACAAGUAUCAACGUAAUUGCACACACAACAUGUAGCAUACUUAAAAGGCAUUGAGAAGAUCAUUUUAAAAGUUUCAGGCUAUUUGGAAUAAUCAUCCUUUAAAUGCACCUUUAUUAUCAUACAUUUUAAGUUUAACAGCCUUUUGCGUCAAACAU